AUGGGUUUGAAGGCUGCAGUGGGACAAGCCUUGCAGUUAUUUAUAUUGUUCUGUUCAAUCGCGGUUCCACAAGUCAUUCUAAAAAGAAGAACGCUGUUUCGAUCUCCCUUUAAAGAUAUGGGGGCGUUUCAUGCAAACGAUGAUUACGAUUACUUGUUCAAGGUUGUUUUGAUCGGGGAUUCAGGUGUCGGGAAAACCAAUCUUUUACGGCGAUUCUCCAAUAACGAAUUCAUCCUCGAAUCCAAAUCCACCAUCGGGGUUGAAUUUGGCACCCGUAGCAUCAACAUUGAAGACAAGAUCAUCAAAGCCCAAAUGUGGGACACCGCAGGUCAAGAAAGAUAUCGGGCCAUAACUAAUGCGUACUAUAAAGGAGCAGUAGGUGCAUUGAUCGCGUACGACAUCACACGUAAAGUAUCAUUUGAAAACGUGGGAAAAUGGUUAAAAGAGCUGCGGGAUCACACAGAUCAAAACAUCGUGAUCAUGCUCGUGGGGAACAAAGUGGAUCAAGCUAACUUACGAUCUGUCCAAACAGAGGAUGCAAAGACAUUUGCAGAGAGAGAGAAUAUUAACUUAUUCAUGGAAACAUCGGCUCUCAACAUGUUAAAUGUCAACAACGCUUUCACCAAAGUGUUGACUCAGAUUUACCAUGUCGUGAGCAAGAAGAAGGAUGAUAAUAUUCAUUAUUAUCAUCAAACGGUUGAACCCAAGGGAGAAACGAUUAACGUUGGAGGUCAUAAAGAUGUCAAGAUCACAAGGGAAAAUGAUUUUGCUAUGGCAUCAAGAAUGUAUUUACUAGAAAAUGGCUCAACAAAUGUGCCCCCAAGACUCUCUAGUGUUGAUAACUUCUCCAUUUGGAAGAACCGUAUGAUUGGUUUCCUAAACUUCGUUGACAGCAAAUUGGUAGAAACAAUAAAGGAAGGCCGGCAUACUCCUCUAAUGGAACGAAGCAGAUGGAGUUAUGAAGAUAAACAAAAAGUUGCCCUUGAUGAUAGGGCAAUGCAUAUUCUGAGUGUCUCCUUGCCUGAUGACAUUUAUCGUAUUGUCAUGUACUGUGAAUCAGCUAAGGAAAUGUGGGACAUUCUGAUUGUCCUAUUUGAAGGUACUUGUGAUAAAGAGGGGGAGACUCAGAAAUUAUCGGAAGAGAUAGCAUAAAAAAAUUCCUGAUAAAAUAUAUUCAGAUAAAAAAAACAAUUAAAGAUUACGAUGUUUAUCAACUCAAUUGCAUCAAACACAAAUAUGAUAUUAUGGAUGCUUAUUUAGGGCAUAUAUGAUCAAGGUUCAAAAUAAUGUUAGGCGGCAAUGUCAAGCCUCAAGCUUUUACAAGUCAUGGCGAGUCAUGUUGUUUGUAAGGUGUGACUUAAUACUGCA